AUGGAGGUAUAUGGGGACUUUAUGACAUUCGAUGCCACAACUGGACCCACACUGGGAAUUCUAACAGGGAGACCUAGACACGAGAGAUACGCCAUUGCACAGGCCAGAGUUCAGACCUUUGCUAACUGGCCGCCAUCUCGUAUUCCGCGUCCUGAAGCUCUCGCCAGGGCCGGGUUUUUUUACGCCGGUUUUGGUGACAACGUGAAAUGUUUCUUCUGUGACGGAGGACUUAGGAAUUGGGAAUCUCAAGACGACCCUUGGGUUGAACAUGCGCGUUGGUUCCCGCGUUGUGAUUUUGUUCGUCAGUGCAAGGGGGAUGCUUUUAUUCAAAUGAUUAAGGAUCAAAAGUCGCCAAACAACCCGCCUUCCCAGGCUCAAGCACAAGAACAAAGAGCACAAGGUGCGCCAGGAGGUUAUCACGUAGAGGCCCGGGAGAUCAAAGCCCGCCUCGACACCCCGACAGUGCAGGCGGUCUUAGACAUGGGUUUCAGACGAGAUACAGUGCGUCAGGCGAUCGAACGUAGAUUGAGGGAUACUGGAGAUGAUUUCCCCAGUGCAGCGAGUUUACUAGAUGCCAUUUUAAAAAUUGAGGAUGAGAUGAACCGGCAGACGGCGCAAGGUGCGGCGGCGAUGGCAGUUAUUCCCCAAGAGGAGCCAUGUCAACAGCCACUAAACCCAGCUCUGUCUGAAGUACCAGCAUCUGUGGCAACCCAAAAAACAUCUCAAACGCAGAAUUCGGGUACAUGUCUGAGCUGA